UGAACUUUUACAAUUUUGAAUCUCCCGCUUUGAUUGAAGUUGAAAAGUAUAUCUGGUGUGUCAUGAUAAUGUACCGGAAGUUAGUUUAGGUCAACAUUUCAAAAUAGAAAAUGGUCAAAUAUCGUCUCUUACACAUUAGUUAGUGUACAAUAUUCAGAUUGAGGGACAUACAGUGAACUUGUUGAGAAAAGAUGUUACAAUCUUAUGAUGAAGACCUGUUGGAAAAUGUCUUCUAUAUUGGCCUACAGUCCAAGGCUCCAGACAUUUUCCAUCGUGCUACGACAGAGAGAUGGAUGAUCUCCAUACCAAAGAUAGGGACAAUCCCCAAAUCUGCAUUUACCGAAGAGAACUUUAAAACUCAUAUCUUGCAAGCCAUUGAUGAUCGGCCAAACUCAUACAGGACUCUCAAUGAAAAGGAAGUGCUGAUACAAGACAAUGCUAUCACAACAGGCUCAGGGUUUAAAGAUAUAAGAACUGUGAAUAUAUUAUUUGAGGAGACAUUCUACAACAAGAGUGACGAGAGCUACAGGGUCCUGUGUAUAAACUCUCCUUUAGAAGGAGGCAAAUUUGAGGGUGCUGAUGCUGUACCUGUAAUUUCCCUACAAACCAUAGAAGAUUGCACUGACUUGCUAUGGGGGCAUACAGCUAGUAGGAAGACAAAGAGACAGUUGGAUGAUCUAGUUGAGUUCUUCAAUGAAUCUUACAAUCGACUGGAGGGAGAGUCACUCAGGCAUAACAUGGAUGCAGCACAUUCUGUUUUCACCAGAGCCAUGCAGAUUGUGUUAAAGGACAAUUAUCUGAAAAGGACAUCCCGCCACAGUAAACCAUACAUGGAUAGCUUGAAAACUGCAGUGGAGACCUAUGUGAUGCAUGGUAUUUACAAGAAGCUGUUCAAGAGUGUAAGAGCCUGUCUGGCUGCGAAUGACUCACAACUAAACAAAAUAACAAGAAAUCUGUCUGAGCUGCAACUUCGAGACCUUGGAGUGAGAUCUGAGUUUUGCCACAAUGUGCCAAAGGCAAGACGUGAACUGUCCAGUAUAAACAAAUAUACAACCCCUCUUGGUAAACUCUAUUGUGUUCGAAGAGCUGUACAGGCCAUAAUGCAACCUCCCAAAAUACUCAAGAAAGGAGUGGAGGCUGUUCCCAUAACAACGGAUGACCUGCUACCCAUCCUCAUAUUUGUUGUUGUGAAGUCGGAGACACCAAACUGGCGUGCAAAUCUGACGUUUAUGACAAACUUCCGCUUCUCUAAGUCGAGCAAUGAUGACGAGUUUGGAUUUUACCUUGCUUCAUUAGAGGCAGUUAUAGAACAUGUCAACAGUGGACAACUCAAUAAUAUACAAAUUGGAGCUGCAAACCCCCAGAAGCUUCAAUUAUCCACAAGUCCUCCUUCCUCUAGCCCAGGUGGUUUAUGGAGACAAGAUAGUGGGGGUGGGGCAGAUACACAAGCAUUGGAUAUCCUCUUUCAGCUAGUCAAGGAUGGCAAAUUUAAACAAGUUUCUGAUGUAUUAUCAAAACACCAAAAGAACAUAGAUGACACAGCUCUGAAACUAUGUCACCCGUUGUGUUCAUGUGACAAGUGUGAGGCAUUGCUCUCAAGAAGUAGGAGUGACUCUUCCACUGUGACAGUAUUCUCUAGAGACGAUAGAGGUUAUACAGCCCUCCACAUGGCAUCAGCAAAUGGUCAAUCUGAGUGUCUCUCAGUACUCAUAAAGAAAGGGGCUGUAGUGAAUGCAGCAGACUAUCAUGGCUCUACUCCCCUACACUUAGCCUGCCAGCGGGGACACAAAACUGUUGCGUUGCUAUUACUCCACUACAAAUGUGAUCUUAAUGCCUGUGAUAAUGAUGGGAGCUCCCCUCUACACCUAUGUACUGCUAAUGGUCAUGAAGAGUGUGUUCGGGCAUUGGUAGAACAUGACCAAGGUUCAGGGACUCCUAUUGAUAUAAACGCAAGUAAUGAUGCUGGGGACACAGCCCUUCAUCUAGCCUCAAAGUGGGGAUAUGAAAGUAUCUUAGAACUGCUGCUUGAACAUGGAGCAUCAGUUGAAGCACGGAAUCGUCGCAAGCAAACACCAGUGACAUGUGCUCACAAUGCUAACGUCCAGAGAUUGCUACAGCGAGCCUCUGUUAAGAUUGACGAGCGGAGAUUCAGCUUUUCUAAUGUACAGAUUGAGGUGGGCACGUCACCCAGUUUAUCCAUAGAUAUGAUGCCAUCCCCCAAAGACCGUGCAGAAUCUAGUCUUUCCAAUGUGUCAAUUCAAAGCUACCCAUCAACAGGAAGUGAACCCAGGGAGACAUCUUUUGGUAGAAAAGAGGAGAUUUUACUGAAGUCAGUGGCUGAUGGUGAUAUUGAAAUGGUGAAAUAUCAUCUCGGGUGGGAUAUAGAUUCAGAUAUAGAGGACUCUGAUGAUGAAUGCUUUGAUGCAACGCGGGAACUUUGCCAUCCAUUAUGUCAGUGUCCUAAAUGCAUUCCAUUGCAGAAGAGGAACUCUUCUGUGACAUCAGAUGGUCUCCACAUCAAUUCAACCAAUAGCGAUGGUUUUUCUCCACUCCAUGUUGCUGCUCUCCAUGGUUACGAAGAUAUGUCAACCAUCUUGAUUCGUAAAGGUGCUGAUAUAGAUGCAAAAACUCGGACAAGUCAGUGUUCCGCAUUACAUCUUGCUUGCCAAAUGAACAUGCCAAAGAUUGUUUCUCUAUUAUUAAUUCAUGGUGCUAAGAUAAAUAUCAAAGAUGUUCGAGGUGACACGCCCCUGCAUUACUGCGCCCUGAAUGGCUGCGAAGGUCCAGCUGAGGUUCUAUUAAAGCAUGGUGCGUCCAUAAAUCAAACCAACCAGCGUGGCAAUACCCCCCUACAUGAGGCUGCUAAGUGGCACCAUAUAUCCAUUGUUAACCUAUUACUGCAACAUGGCGCAGUACCUGGUGCCAGGAAUAGACAACAACUGAUGCCUAUGCAACUAGCUCAGAAUGAUGCAAUAAUUAAGCUACUUGACAAUGCCUUGAAGCUGGUCGAGGAGCAUGAUGACCUUGACCCUCCAUGGCAACAAGCAGAUGGAGCAAAGGUGUCAAGGAAAGGUUCAGAGGUUCAGAGACUUAGUAUAAAGGAACUGUUUGCUGCAUUUGAGGAAAAAGACAUAAAACAACUACAGCAAAUCACAAAAUCAAUCAAAAAAUUUGACGCUAAACAUAAACUACGUCGUACUAUAACACGCGAUCGUAGCUCCCCUAGGCUAGACUUUGUACUCAAGCAUCAGUUGAGUAUUCAGAACUUUAAACCAUCAAGGUUGAAACGUGU